GACCUCAAGAAACAAAACAAGCACCAACAUGGUAAACAGCAGCGCUAGGAAUACCGCCCUGCCGCCGCCAUUACCAUGCUACACCACCAAGACUUCUUGCACCACGCCGCCGCUACCACCCCCACAUUGUACAGCACUAUGCCACGACCACCACCAGUUCCACAGCAGAGAAGCACCGCCACAUACCACCACCAACCCGCCACAAAUAUCAGCAGCAGUCGCUGUAUUAGAAGCACAGAGCAGUUUCAAAAUGGCGGCCAGGAAUGUAAGAGCGGGCCAACAGCAACUGCCGUCGACGUCUUUCGAUCCGGCGGAGAAAUUACAGCAGUCUAACACAUUGAAGGAUUAUGUAUAAAGGUGAUUCGAAUCGGUUGAGCGAAACUAAGCUCAACUUGUCCCAUCCACAUAUGACCCCCACCUUCUACCGGCCCCACCACCACCACCACCACCACCACCACCCUCACGAUCACCACCGACACCCCCCACACGCCCAUUUACCUCCCCUGCCACAUUGAUGCCUUCCCCCCCCUCCCUUCACUCCCCACCGACUCAUCGUUGCUGCUGCUGCUGCUGCUGCUUCCAUUGUCAACAACAACAACAAGUGCAGCAAACAUAAAAUGAAGACCAAGACAAUUUAUGGACAACUCCGCUUCAAAGCAGCCCUCCAGCCAAGGCCUCCAUGUUUGACUGACUCACCUUCCACAGUUCCUGAACGGAGGCUUAUUAUGUGGCCGCUUGACCUCCUAGAAAUUGCAGCCAAAUCUCCCUCCUCUGCUCUGAAGAUUGCAUCCCUAAACUGUCUUAAGACAGACAAUAAAAGGAAGGAGCACAUUUGGAUAACACUGCCUGAAAUUAACACAAGGUGGUCACUAAUGGACUGUCUUUGAUCAUACAUUUACCCAUUAAGGGUUGACCUUGGGCUAAACAAGCUACAACUAUUCAAGAAUGAUGAAACUUAGCUGGCUGCCAUGCCCACCACAUGGAUAAUAAUGACACAUGCUCCCUCCCUGUGUAUAUAUAUAUGUUUGAUGGCUACGCCUACCAUAUCAGCUAUUCAUAAGUGAUCACUUUUCGUCACACCCACCACAGCUAAUGAUGGCAAACACUCCCUCUCUUUAUAGGUCUGGUGGCUCCACCCACCAUAUCUACAACUGUCCAUGAAUGAUGAAAAUUCACCACGCCCACCAUGGGUAAUGAAGACACAUUCUCCCUCCUUGUACAUGUCUUGUGGCUACGCCCACCAUAUCAGCAACUGCUCAUAAAUUAUAAAAGUUCAUGUCCAUCCUGGAUAAUAAUGAUGCAUUCUCCCUCUUUGUAAAUGUCUUGUGGCUACGCCCACCACCAGAGACUGUUCCUGAUUGGAUCAAAUUUCACCACCAAUACAAUAACAAACACUCAAUCUCCUCCUUUCUAAAAAAUAUAUAUUAGUGACAGAGGCACUGUCCAUCUACAUAUCGCUGAUAAGGAGAUACAUCACUACUAUCUCUAGCAGUUGAGUGUCCAUCAUUGAUAAGACCAAGGAAGGUCGAAAUCACAUGAUCUGGUGGUUUCAGCACUGAAGGUAGCAGGGAUUUAUCUCCCCACUAGCGAUAUAAAAAAAAGGGCAUUUUGCACCAAAAGCCAAUAUGAGAAGUUCUCUCAUAUUACCUACUGCAGUAUAGUUUGUUCUAACAGAUUAACUUUCCUCCUCCCUGUAUAAGUCUGGUGGCUAUGCCCACCAUCUCAACAAUUAUUCAUAAAGGAAGAAACUUCACCCCGCCCAUCACGAAUACUAAUGACAGACACUCCUCCUUCCCUCUUUGUAUAGGUGUGGAGGCUAUGCCCACCAUAUUAACAUCUGAACAAUUAUUCAUAAAUGAGGAAACUUUAUCAUGUUCACCAUGGUUAAUAAUGACAAACACACCCUCUCUGUACAAGAUCUGGUUGCUAUGCCUACCAUUUCAUCCAAUCAACACUCUCUCCCUCUCAAAUAACCACUUGUAGGAACUUGGGUCACAUGUAACCCAGGGCAUAGUAAUUCAUUUCAGCUAAGUGGAUCUUGAGCCAAAUGAUGACAGGGAUGCUCCUCCCACUUAAAAAUGAGGCUGUCUCACCCUAGCAACUCCCCAGCUCUAUCUAUACGCACUCACCCUAACCAGCUUUGCUCUUCAUCUGCUACUCCUACUCCAGCCACCCUCAUCUAAACCAUUUCUAUUCCAGCCACUAUUACCCUAAAUACAGCAGCCAAAGGUAAUUUAUUGACAAGGUGGGUGUGUCUUAUGUAGUGACUACAAUUGUUUUAUCAAAAGUGGGUGGGGCUAAACUUGGGUGUAGCACACAUAGAGGGUUGGGUCAUGAAUUGUAAUUACUAGAAUGUAGUUACUCCCUCGAAUAACAACUUACUGUUUUUAACAGGUGAAGGACAUCGACAAAAGUAGUCCCAGACAGUUCUGUAAAGAUGGGAUUGCCACGACUGGCAUUCCUUCUCCAGCUGUUCCCAUCUCACCUAUUCCUACAAUCACAAAAAUCUGAAGUACUCACCUGUAAUUCAGGUUAAGUCCAAUUCCAUCACACCCAGUCCAUUAAAAAGAUAACAUGGACAUGUCCAUCUUGGCAGAAUCUGAUCCAGCUGCACCCAUAUCUGGAAAAGGUCUUCAGAAUUUUUAUGCAUAUAGGUGCAGGAGUGGCUGUGUGGUAAGUAGCUUGCUUACCAACCACAUGGUUCCGGGUUCAGUCCCAUUAUGUGGCACCUUGGACAAGUGUCUUCUACUAUAGCCUCAGGCCAACCA